AAAUAAACCUUUGAAACGAGCAGAGCUUAAAAGAAGAAGUGAUAUAGAAGCAGUGGAGAAAAGACAAACAUACUCCUACUGAGCGGAGGAGCUGCAACCGAAAAACUAAACCAGCCUGGUUUUACAAGCCUACACUGACCACACCACCCCCAGCCAACCAACCAACCAACCAACCAACCAACCAACGAAACCGGGAAGAACAAGAACAAGCGAAGCAUGGAAAUUCAAACGAGUCAGAUGGUGCGACCUCCGAGCCCCAUGGAGAGCCUGGAGAAGCAGCUGAGCUGCCCCAUCUGCCUGGACAUGUUCACUAAGCCCGUGGUCAUCCUGCCCUGCCAGCACAACCUGUGCCGCAGCUGCGCCAACGACCUCUACGACUCCCAGAACCCCUACCACUACUCGGGCGGCAUCUUCCGCUGCCCCACCUGCCGGCACGAGGUGUGCCUGGACCGCCACGGCGUCUACGGCCUGCAGCGCAACCUGCUGGUGGAGAACAUCAUCGACAUCUACAAGCAGCAGCUGGAGAACAGCAGCAAUGGCAAUGGCAACAACAGCAGCGGCGACGAGAACGAGGCCCCGCUGAAGGCCAAGGACGCCAAGACGCCCAUGUGCCAGGAGCACGAGGAGGAGCACAUCAACAUCUACUGCCUCACCUGCCAGACGCCCACCUGCUCCAUGUGCAAGGUGUUCGGCCAGCACAAGGACUGCGAGGUGACCAUGCUGGAGACGGUGUACGACGGCCAGAAGACGGAGCUGAGGAACGCCGUGGACCUGCUGGCGGCCGGCAACAGCUACCUGCAGGCCUCGCUCACCCAGAUGGACGACACCUGCAAGACGGUCGGCGAGAACGCCGAGCUGCAGAAGCGGCUGCUCGGGGAGAAGUUCGACCUGCUCUACGCCAUCAUGGAGGAGCGCAAGGCCGAGCUGCAGGACAAGAUCCAGCAGGAGCAGGACGAGAAGGUGGCCAUGCUCAGGUCGCUGGUGGAGCAGUACAAGCAGCAGCUGGAGGCCAGCACCCGGCUCAUGGAUACGGCCUCCCAGUGCAUGAACAACAGCAGCGUUGCCGAGUUCCUGGUCUCCGCCAAGCAGCUCAUCACGGACGCCAAGGACACGGCCAAGAAGUCCCUGCUGGAGAGGCCGGAGGCCGGCUUCGUGAAGAUGGACCACUUCACGUUGUACACCGACGACGUGGAGGUGCUCCUCGCACAGCUGGACUUUGAUGGCAUUGAUGAGGAGGAGUUCGAGGAGACAAAGGAGAGGUUGGACGAGGAGGAGGAGGAGGAGGAAGAGGAAGAGUAGGACUAAAAAAGAGGCAAAGACUUUAUUUGUUAGACAUGGACUUCGUUUUGGGAUGAAUUGAAACACACACUCACUCGCACUCACAUGUACCUACUGUACGCAAAGAGACACUGAUAUUAUACUACUGACACAAAAUACCAUCCAAGCUGCUUUGAUGGAAUUAUGGCAUUUGAGGAAGGAAAGGACUGGAGACUUUGAAAUGUGCAAUCUUAUUACUGCAGCCUUUACACAAAUGAAAUGCACGUUUUUCUACUUCUACUUCUACUUUUUGAAUUUUGUACUUUUGUACUCAAUGCAAUGUGUUUAUGUUUAUAUUGUACUAUUUUUGAUAUCUUCAGUGUCAGAUAUCUCUAGAUGAUGAUAUAAACACUUGAAUAUUUUCAUUUUGUUUCUCCUUUGAUUAGAUAAAGUCUAGUCAGAUAGGUUCGAUAUAUAGAAAAAUAUAGAUGUUUGAUAGUCUGUCUACUCGCUUGAAUACUUGAAACAGUACAUGCACUUGAUUGUUCAAAAUGAUGACAAAAAUAUUUCAUUGGAAAAUUCAGUGGAAUAAAAUGAAAUGAAAAAUA